GGGGGGUUCCCAUGGCAACAGGCCCCCCCCCGGGGUAGGCCUGAUUCCCCCUGAGCAGGGGGGGUUCCCAUGGCAACAGGCCCCCCCAGGGUAGGCCUGAUUCCCCCUGAGCAGGGGGGGUUCCCAUGGCAACAGGCCCCUCCAGGGUAGGCCUGCUUCACCCUCCUACUGUUCCCCCAGCAAGGAGAAGGAUUCCCAUGGUAACACCCCCUCCCUACCAGCCUGCUUUAUCCCACCCAGAGCUGGGAGGGAGCAGUUCCCAGGGCAACCCCCCUCCCGCCUGCUCUCCCCCCCACACACAUCCAGACACCCAAAGCAUCCAAGGAGAGGUCCAUCCAGUGAGGGGUUCCCAUGGCAACGCCCCCCUCCCCAGACUUGCUUCACCCCCCACUCAGAACAGGCUGAGGGGGAUUCUCAUUACACUGGGGACCCCAACCAAGUUCCCCCUAGAAUAGGGUCUCUUCUCACCCCCAUCCCGAGCAGACAGGGAGAGCUUCCCGUUUCAAUGGGGGUCUCGAUCAGGCUCCCGCAGGACAGGCCUCUCAUCCACCCGUAGCAAACAGGUAGAGAUCCCCAUGGCAACAGGCGCCUCACCACUGCAAGCACAGUCUCACCCCUCACCUCCACCCAGGACUGCACAGGCCACCCCAUUGACAGGCCACCUCCUUCCCAGAUCAGUCCCCUCCCCAAAGUACUGUUCUCUCUGCCUCCAGGGCAGAUCCCUUCUUAGCACAGAGCUGAAACUUCAGUCUGGUUUGGAUGAGGACAAAUCAAAGCCUGACUCAUCUCCCCAACCAUACUGCUGGAACAUUUGGUCCAUCACCUUAGCUCCAUAAUGGCCCCUAUUCAGAGCAGUCACUGUCCCUUCCUCUCAACUAUUCAGGGUGCUCACCAUCUCCUUUCCCCCUCUACCUUCUUAUCUAGGGAAAUUGCCUUCCUUACCCCAAAUCCACCACUGGUUGGUGUUCAGGUUUAUCAAUGUGCUUUACCUGUCUUACCUAGGAGGACUCACAGGGCUGCCUCCAGAAAUCUUGAGAUUCUUGGCUGUGGCAAAGGAACCAAGUCCAGAAGCGCUAUGAAAUUGGGGUAGAAUAGACAUAGAGGAAGCAGAGACAUGGGACUCUGUCCAGACAUCCUUGGGCUCCACUCUUACACAAAUUCACUUACAUUCAGGCAUCAGUCAUUUCCCCGAUUUAAAAAUAUAUAAUGUGAUGUCAACUUUUUUCUUCUUCUCAAAAGCGAGAAACUAGGAGGAGGAAGAUGUAGGUGAGUGGAAAACCUCAGGCAUCUUGUUUACAGCCUAGAAAGAUGGCCAUUUUGCGUUAAAAUAGAGACAGACCUUUCAAGACCAUUGAAAUCCAAGGCCUCAGGAGCGUUGCUGGAAGGAACAGAACACCGACUCAGAAGCUAGGGCUACGAAGCCUAUGAUCAAUGGUUGUUGAUUGAAUCCCGCUGUGUUUUAUGGCGUUGUGCAUUGUGAUAUGUGUGGAAUUCUUACUUGGGGCUUUUGUCUCCUGCUGGAACCUAGGCAGGCGGAGAGGUUGUGGUCAUAACUGUCGGGGAGCUGUUUGUAAUGGCAGUCAUAGAGUCUAAUGGUUUGCUUGACUCCUCUUGUAUGACUGAGCAGGGGAUUUUGACAAGGAGCUGGGAAGGGAGACAGGAGCCAGAAACACACAUUCUGGAGUGCUUGCUGAUGUCACAUUUAGCUACAAACUUUGCCUUAUGGAGUACUUUGCUACAAUGAAGAUUAUUUUCCUGUCAAUCAUUUUAUGUUCUUUUUUACUUCUAGUUCUGGUGAAAGAGGCCAGAUUGACAACCCCGGAGACAUCCCCACAAGUACAGCACAGGCAACUAGAUAACCAACUCCCUUAAAAACACACUACACUGGGUGCCUUCCUCCUUCCCUGGAGGGACACAGUUUAGAGGGUCCCCUUUCUCAGAUGUCCCUGGAAGAGAAGGCAGGGUGACCAGCAAGUAAGCUGUGUUGGGAUGGAUGAGCCCAGAGCCUCCUGGGGAAGCUGCUGGCUGCCUCGUGCAGAGACCACAGCCACAUAAUAUCAUUCCCCAGGUGAACAGACCCAACUGCCUCGCAAGAUGCGCAUCACGUUCUGUCAGGGGGUCCUAGCGCUCGCCAUUGUCAUCAAUCUGCUGAUACUGUACUACGUCUCGAGGCUGCAGCAGCGGAUGUUGCACAGACACAGAGACCACGUCCAGCCUAGCUCCCGGUUGCUGCCUGUCCCCCAGAGGCCCGGGGUGACCGUCAUCAUCAGGGAGUUCGAGGACUUUGAGAACUACGUCCCUGAUGUGGUGCAGUCCUUCCUGAAACAGAAGCCGGAGCAGCCAGUCAUGGUGGCAGCGGAUACCUUGCCGUACCCGCCGCUUGUAUUACCGGAUGCUCCCAACGUCCAGCUUGUGAUCCUCAAGCCAGCCCCUGACCAGCCUGCCCAUGUGUCCAGGCCUGAGAUGUACGUGAAGACGGAGUAUGUGGCCCUGGUGCCUGAUGGAGUCAAGGUUGAUUCCACAAGGCAGCUGGAUCGUAUGUUAGAAGAGUUCAAAGCCAACCAGGGCAGAGUUCAAAUGGUGGCAGCGCCCGUGCAGUCCCUUGCUCCCCUCCAGUGCUUGACCCUAAAGGUCAGCCUUAGAAAGUGGACUGCCGAAUACAGCGUAGCGCCGUCCACCAGGCUCUGCACAGCUCUGAAGGGAGACGCCGUGAUUCUGCUACGCACAAAGGAUCUCUUCAACCUUUCCACUCCCUUGGCCAAGCCCCUGCUGACCUCCCUCUUCAUCCAGACAUCGCUGCGGGGCUGGACGGUCCGAAUCCUUGACGUCUCCUUCUCCUCAGCCCACCAGCCUCUGCUCAGCUCCUCUCACAACCAAUGGAAGGCAGAGAACCGUGCCAAAGCCAGCCGGCUGCAGCUCUUCCGAGACUUCGGCAUCAAGCAGGUUCUCCUGGAGGAUGGGAAGCAGCAGUGGUUUGGGUGCAGCAAAGAGACGCCGCGUUGCUUCGGCACCGUCCAUGAUGAUACGCCGGAAUAUCUGUACCAGAACCGCUGGACCCCGCCUUGCUGUCUACAGGCCCUGAGGGAGACGGCAAAGUACGUCAUCAACAUCUUGGAGUCCUCCGGGGUGCGGUACUGGCUGGAAGGCGGGACGCUCCUAGGAGCUGCCCGACAUCAGGACAUCAUCCCAUGGGAUUAUGACGUGGAUCUAGGGAUAUACCUGGAGGACAUUCCCAACUGUGACCUCCUCAGGAACGUAGAGUCUGGCUCCAUCGUGGACGAGAAAGGCUUUGUUUGGGAGAAGGCCAUCGAGGGCGACUUCUACCGUGUGCAGUACAGUGAGCACAACCACCUGCAUGUUGACCUCUGGCCCUUCUACCCCAAGAACGGGCUGAUGACCAAGGACACGUGGAUGGACCACCGGCAGGACGUGGAGUUCCCAGAGCACUUCCUCAAGCCCCUGUUACCCCUGCCGUUUGCUGGCUUCACGGCUCUGGCGCCCAACAACUACCGGAGCUUUUUGGAGCUGAAGUUCGGUGCAGGUGUGAUCGAGAAUCCAGAAUAUCCAAACCCAGCCCAGAAGAAGCUGGAUAAGGGGAAAUAAGCAAGGACCCUGGCUUCUGCCUCUGCAUUGGGGCCCAAGAGAGCAUCAGACUCAGAGGCCCAGGGAGCAGGGAUCUCUCUCUCUUGAACAUAUCACUGAUGCCAACAGAAGGUGUGAACCAUGCUGCUGCUAGGGGAGCUGUCUGCCCACUGCUGCUGGUACGGCCCACUGAAGCCGGGAGACUUUACGCUCAGCUUUGGGGCUGGGGGGACUGUCCAAAGGGCUUGUGACCAUUUGGAGGUGAGACACUUUGACCACAAAGACAGGACAAUUAACAAAGCAACCCAGGGGAGACCUCAUGGAGAUGCUGCCUCAGCGCGUCUCCCAGACUCACUGGGUCACUGGUGGGACUCUGCUUUCUAGCAAAGGUCUGCAGUUCAUGGAUUGGUUUUGGGGCUGCUCUCUGAGAGGACGUGAGAAGCCACAGCUGUUUUUGAUCAGCGGGAAGAGGACCAACUUAAUGCCUGUCCCCCUUGCCGCCUCAUUUAGGGGCUGGGGAUCUGUUACCCAUCUGAGGCUUAAAGUGGGGGGACAGCUGUGGGGUCAUGAACAACUUCAGGCUAACUAGAAGGAAGCACUUGAACAGGGAGAUUAAUUACUCAGUGAGGCUCUGCCUUGCUUUGGGAGGCUCCGAAGCUGCUGGCACUAGAGAGAGACAGAAGCUUACAACCGAUGACAGGCGGCAGCUGGGGAUCUACACCGUAAGAGAGGGGGGAGGGGACUAAUUGAUCCAAUAGGUUCUGUCCAACUCUCUUAUCCAUCACUGUAACAUGUUUAGCUUGAACUGCAGCAGCACAUGGGAAUUUGCUCACCCUGCCUGAGGCCUAGGCCUGAGAGCAAGGCCUGGCAGGGAGGUGCAGCUGUUUAGUAUUGGUGAUGCACUUUGAGACCCAUCCUGCUCUCACUGAAGGUCAUGCGAGUUCAGUGAUCGACUUCAGCAGGGCUCAGGAUAGAGUCUCAUCCUAGAUUUGCAAAGUGUGGUUCUUAUGGUGACUGGCUGUAAGUGACCCCAGAGAAUCAAGAGCCCGGCGUGGGAUAUUGCAGACAUAUUUAUAACCACAGCUGGUUCUGUUUCACACCUUUACAGCAAGGUCUUUUACUCACCCCUUCAAAAUGGUGCAGUCCACGGAAUUGAGGCCCAGCAGGUAGUUUGUGGGAGGAUCUGCAGCUCUAGAACAUGGGUCUGCUGGUCCCUGAGCGACUGCUGCAUUCACACAGCCACACGAGAGCUCUGGCUGAGGAGCAAUCCACAGGCUGUGGGCCCAAGCACCACAAGACAUGCUCCCAGAGGCCCUGAUUGGUCCAGGCACGCUACUUAAGCCUGGAGGGAACACCAGGAAGUUGUGAAAGACAAAUCCCCCUUCCUAGCCUCUCCCAAGCCCUGCUGCAGCCCAUUCCCUAUCCUGGCAUUUGACUCCAGCUUUGAUCCUCGGCUCUGGUUGCUGGUGUCUGACUUCGGCUCCACCCCCUAGGCCUAGCUGCCCAUGCCCUGGUUGAUCCCCGGCUCGGUUUUUUAAGGAAAAAGGAAAGGAGAAGGUGACGAUCUGUACAGCUAGGAGUUGAAAUGUUCUCAUUUAAAGAUUCAGUGGGAUGUUUCGGUUUAGUUUAAGCCUUCCUGUUAUAGCUCUGGGAACCCAAACAGGGCAGCGCAGGAUUGGUGUGGGAGAACGAGGAACCAAAACUGCCUCUAAACAAGAAGUGAAAAUAACCAGCCACAUUUUGUUGCCCCAAGCUGAGCAAAGUGUAGAAACGUAACUAAACUGCCUCCACAAUGUAAAGGAAAUUGAGUUUAUUAACCCUUUGUUUUACUCAUGGACGGCGUCAGGAGUAACAGAAAUGCGAGAAUUUAAUAACAAGGAAAUCCCAGGCAUUUGCCCGUUGGUCAGGGGAAGCAUCCAAAUGUGAGCUAGGAGACCCGGGUUCUAUUCUCUAACUCCCUGUGUGAAGCGUAGGACAGCUUACUUCCUCUCACCUGUAGAAUGGAGCUAAUGAUACUUCCCUCCCUCUCCCAUGGGGAAGCAUGAGGCUUGCUUCAUGUGUGUAAAGCUGGGGAUCUUCAGCUGAAAGGCCAAGUUCUUAAUAUAAUUUGAAUACACUUACAGAAAAUCUGGUCCAGCAGCCAGUAUCGCCAGCCCCACAUGCUUAAAAAUCAUGAGAUUGGCGUAAGACUCGUGAGAUUUUAAAGAAUAGUAAACGUUGGGUUCCUUUACUCUGCUUUCUGGUUAUUAAGCCUUUAGGGGGCCCUUGGAUCAGGUUUUCAAGCUUUUCUGUGCAAGCAUGAGGGAUAGACACUUUUUUAUUUUGCAGUGAAACAUGAGAUUUUCACCCAGUCACAGUUCCUGGAGCUGCGGCUUCAGUACAGUAACUCCUCACUUAUCGUUGUAGUUCUGUUCCUGAAAAAUGCGACUUUAUGCGAACCGAUGUUAAGCGAAUCCAAUUUCCCCAUAAGAGGGGGGUGGGGUUAGGUUCCAGGGAUAUU